GGGAGCGGGGCGGGGGCAGGGAAAGUUUGUCCCUGUGGUUGGCUGCGCAGCCGGGCUGAGGAGGGGGACGGCGGCGACGGCGGAGACUAGGCGGGCGGCUCCCUCGCUCCUGCCGGCUCCCAGGGCAAGCCAGCCAGCCACCAGCCAGCGGGGAACCGGCGGACGAGGGCUGCUCGCUGCUCUGCCUCGCGCUCGGGUUAUUGCUUUGUAGCCCCACCCCCUGUUGGAGGCUCCACUUUAGCUGAGGGGCUGCUGACUGGCUGACCGACUUGGGGGGCUCCGGCUGGCUGGCUCUCGGCGCGCUUCUUGGCCGCCCCCAAUUCUGGACGUAGAGGCAUGGGGCACCAAGGGGAGGGCGCGCCCCUUCUUAUUCUGCUGCUCCUGUCGCUAUUUGCUUCCUGCCACGGGCGUAUUGUGAAGGUGCCUGCAGGUCCUCUAGUACGAGUUGAGAACACAGAGGUGGUGAUUCCAUGCAACGUUAGUCAAUAUGAAGGACCCAGCGAGCAGAACUUUGACUGGGAGUUCUCUAGAAUCUCUGCUCCAGACUCUAGAUUUGUACAAGUAGUGAGUACUUGGGACCCUUGGUUCACGUCUCAGGAGUAUAAAGAUCGGGUUGACGGUAAAGAGAUCACAUUGAGGCGAAACAGCAACAAUUCUGUGGAACUCGUGAUUGGAAACAUCCGCCCUGCUGACCAAGGGAUGUACCGAUGCACAACGCCCAGCACAGAUUCUGUCGUUCAGGGAAAUUACAAUGCCGUAGUCGAAGUCAAAGUGAUUGCGGAUGGCUUAACCGUUGCUGGGUCAAACACCCGCUCCACAUCCACUUGGAACUUAUCAGAAGGAGAUGCCUUUCAGCUCCGCUGCUCAGCGUCCACCAAUUCUUCAGAACACACACACCUGCACGUGUCUUGGGAAUUCAGAAAUGGGUUUGCCUGGCAAGAAAUUCUCUCCUUGACGCAUGAGGGCAAGUUCCAGCCUGGUUCAGAGUAUAACGAGCGCUAUAUCAGUGGAGAUGUGCGUUUAGAUGCCAUGGCCAAUGACAUUUACCGCUUGUCUGUGUCCCAAGCUCUUCCAACAGAUGAAGGUGCCUAUAGGUGUAGAGUGAGUGAAUGGGUUAAAGGUGCAGAUGCUUCAUGGCAGAAGAUCCAAGAGAAGGCUGUGGAUAUAGCAAAUGUUGUGGUGCAGCCAACAGCUUUAGGUGUGUUCAUCACCAGAAGCAAUGUAUCUGUGACAGAGGGAGACUCUCUUGACCUUACCUGCAACUUCACAACAGACAGAAGUGGUAUUUUCCAAGCAGAGGUCAGGUGGUACUUCAGUGAAUCACCUGAUAGCACCAUGGCAGAAGCUCAGGUUUUGCUAAGUGCAGACCGUGAUUCUGUUGUUAGUGAUUCUACCCUCAUCAGCCUCAGCCAUGUGGAUCGAAGUUCUUACCACCUAUUGGUACGUGAUGUGAGCACUGAAGAUUCCGGUUACUACUACUGCCAAGCAACUCUCUGGGUGCCACAGCACAAUGGUAGCUGGCACAAGGUAGCAGAGAGGACAUCUGUGCCUGUUACUGUGGAGGUGUUGGCAUUAGAGCCAAAUUACCGUGUGUUUCUGAAUGCGACUAAAACACCUAAGUAUGCAGAAGAUCCCACAGAAUUGGAAUGUAGGAUCACAGAGGUGCAGAACACUGAAACAAAUGUGCGUUUCACUGUCUCAUGGUACUACCGAUUACCUAUGCGCAGUGACGAAGUAGUGAAAGAUGAACUUCUUGCCACCAUGGAUGCAGACUGGACGCUGGUAGUUGGGGACAGAAGCAAACAACGGGCCCAGAAUGGGGAAAUUAUUUUUUCUAAACCAACUGUGGACACCUUCCGCUUACGAAUCCAGUGGACCUCUGAAGCAGACAGAGGAGAUUAUUAUUGUGUAAUUUCUUCAUGGAGCAGGCAACGAAAUAACAGCUGGAUAAAGAUCAAGGAUGUGGCUUCUGUGCCUGUAAGCAUUUUAUGGUCUACACAAGAUUAUAUGCUGACCGUAGAGGCUGUGAAACUGAAGCCAUUCUUCAUGGCAGGUCACACCUUUGAAAUGACAUGCAAGGUAUCUUCCCAGAACAUCAAGACUCCUCGUUACUCAGUCCUCAUUACAGCCGAGAAGCAUCUGAAUGACCAGUCAACUCCUAAUGGGACCACUCGCAUAAUUUCUCUCAAUCAAGAUUCAGUGGUCAGACGGGAAGAUUGGACAGACCAGGAACGGGUGGAUGGUGUAGUCUUGGAAAAGGUUCAGGAGAACGAGUUCCGCUACAGGAUGUACCAGACACAGAUUUCUGAUGCUGGGCUGUAUCGCUGUGUGGUGACUGCAUGGUCACCAGGGGGUGGAGGCAUGUGGCGAGAGGCAGUCAAUGGUUUAUCCAACCCGAUCCAGAUAGACUUCCAGACCUCAGGUCCUGUUUUCAAUGUCUCUGUGGAAUCGCAUAAAACAACAGUUUAUCGAGGAGAUCUGGUGAAAUUAGAUUGCAUCAUCUCCAUUGCAGGGACAGUACUCAGUCCAGAUGACAUGUCCUUUGAUGUCUCUUGGUUUGCCAUGCACUCGAUCGCAAUAGAUGGAGACCCCGUUUUCCUCGCUUCAUUAGAUCGGAAAGGGAUAGUCACCCAAGCCAAAAGAAAUGGAAGCAGUGAUGUCAGCUUGGAAAGAAUCAGCCCCAUGGAAUUUCGUCUUAGGAUUCACGGCUGUGAAGACCAAGACUUUGGCAAUCACUACUGCUUAGUAACCCCCUGGGUGCGGUCAACUGCAGGGAUUUGGCAACAGGAAAUGGAGGUCAAAUCCAAGCCAGUCCUUGUAACUGUGAAAAUGGAUGUGCUGAAUGCUUUCAAAUUCCCACUGUUGAUUGGCAUUGGGCUGUCCACAAUCAUUGGACUCUUAUCCUGUCUGAUUGGCUACUGCAGUUCCCGUUGGUGUUGCAAGAAGGAAGUUCAAGAAACCCGACGAGAGAGACGCCGACUUAUGUCUAUGGAAAUGGACUGAGCUUCAAAGUUUAGGUGGAUGCACAUGUUUUUGGGAGGGAGGGGAUUUUGGAAGGCCUGAGGCUACUCAGACCUCAGUGUGUCAAGCCAAAAUGCCCUGACAACAAUGUUUGACCUUCCCUCCUGGACCUAGAACUUCUCCUUUUACCAGUGUUUCACAUUUAGAGCACAAGUAGUGUUUGUCAGCAUUGAGCUCUUCUUCAAGUGGCACUUUUUUGAGGGAUAGUUCUCCCCUCCCUCCCCCCCCCACACAGGCAAACUGUUCCACAGUGUGCUUCCUGCAGACCUUUAGCUAAGACUCACUAUCAAGGCUUGUGUUUAAAACAUUUUCUCUUGUUGAUGGAAGAUGGAAUUGGAAGAGCUCAGAGGCAAUAAAUGUCUUCCUUUAUAACUAGCUGAUCCCUAGAGAAGAGAGAACGGGUUCCCUUACUGCGGACAGAAUCUGGCGAGGAAAUCCUCUUGUCUGCUGUUGGUGGGAUUGGAAUUCAUCCUAAACUAAAACUUGGAUUGUAGUUUCUGAAGUCUUUUUUUU